GGCUCAACGGACCGAGGCGAGAGACCGGACAAGGCGGCUGUAUGGCCGACGACGCGGUCACACUUGCCCGAGGCCCGGUCGCCCUGGAUCCGUCAGGCCGGCGGGAGUCGAACCGGCCAUUCGAGGAGCGCUUCGAGUAGGUGGCCUCGACACUCCUCCAGACACGAUCGGGACGAGGCUGUCGGGGAGAACAAAGAGUUAAAGGUAGGCCGAUCCCACUCAACUGUGACUUGA